AUGGAUCUUAGCUCUCCAAUCAUCUGCAUCUUUCUGCAUUCCCUUGUAUUUGUUUCUUUGUUUCAUUCUAAUAAUUCUCUAGAAACAAAAAAUCCAUUUGUUAAUCAAACUUUUCAAUCGGUGGAUGAACUUCAUAAGUUGAAGGACACCAUAGCUACUCGUCUUAAGCAACUCAACAAGCCAGCAGUUAAGACAAUUCAGAGCCCUGACGGUGAUAUCAUAGAUUGUGUUUUGACACAUGAACAACCAGCUUUUGAUCAUCCUUUAUUGAAAGGACAAAAACCAAUGGAUCCUCCAGAAAUACCAAAAGGGAAUAAUCAGAUGGGUAAUUUCAGUGAAAAUUUUCAACUGUGGAGUUUAUCAGGUGAAUCAUGUCCAGACGGAACAAUUCCAAUUAGAAGAAUAACAGAACGAGACAUACUAAAAACUAAAUCUGAUAGUAGAUUUGGAAGAAAAUUUCCAAUCACAGACAUUCAUAAGCACCAACAUGCAAUUAGGUAUGUGCAGGGUGGAGAGUUCUAUGGAGCACAGGCUACUAUGAAUGUGUGGACACCACAUCUAGAAAAUCAGAACGGAUUCAGCUUGGCUCAAAUGUGGAUCUUGUCUGGAUCAUUUGAAAAAGACCUCAAUUCCAUUGAAGUUGGUUGGCAGGUAAGUCGCGCAUUAUAUGGGGACCUACGCACUAGAUUUUUCACUUUUUGGACGGCUGAUGCAUAUGGAAACACUGGUUGUUACAACUUAAAAUGCCCAGGCUUUGUUCAAACGAACAAAGCUAUUGCAUUAGGAGCUGCAAUUUCUCCAAUUUCUACAUAUAAUGGAAAGCAGUUUGAAAUUUCCUUAUCUGUAUGGAAGGAUGUAAAAACAGGACAUUGGUGGCUUCGUUUUGGGGAUAAAAUCCUUGGAUAUUGGCCAUCCUCCUUAUUCACAAACUUGAAAGGUGUUGCAACUAUGAUUGAAUGGGGUGGAGAAAUAGUAAAUCUACAUUAUCCAGAAGCUUCUACCACCCAAAUGGGUAGUGGACACUUUCCUGAUGAGGGUUUGCAGAAAGCUGCAUAUUUUAGCCGGAUUCAAGUUUUAGAUUCAAAAUCUCACUGGAAUCAGCCAAAAGAUCUCCAGAAUUAUGCAGAUAGCCCAAAUUGUUAUAGUGUAACAACAGGAGGAGAUGUGCCUGACUGGGGGAGUUAUUUUUACUAUGGUGGACCUGGCAAGAAUAAGAAUUGUCCUUAA